GUGUUUGUUACCAUUUCAGAGCCAUGACUUCAGAAGAGAUGUCUUGGCCUGUCCCCAUGAAGGCGAUUGGAGCACAGAACUUGAUGACGAUGCCUGGAGGUGUCAUCAAGUCCGGAUACCUUCACAAAAAAGGAGGCACGCAGCUCCAGCUCUUAAAGUGGCCACUGAGGUUUGUGAUUGUCCACAAGGGCUGUGUUUACUACUUCAAAAGCAGCACAUCUGCAUCUCCCCAAGGUGCCUUCUCACUAAAGGGCUAUAACAGGGUUAUGAGGGCAGCAGAGGAAACAACGUCGAGCAAUGUAUUCCCUUUCAAGUUGGUUCACAUUAGCAAGAAGCACCGGACCUGGUUUUUUUCUGCUGCCUCUGAAGAUGAAAGGAAGGACUGGAUGGCCUCACUUAGGAGAGAAAUAGAUCAUUUCCAUGAGAAGACGGAAACAAUCGCUGAUUUAAGUGACUCUGGAUCAGAUGUUGACAGUUUCUAUGGCUCAAUAGAACGUCCAAUUAAUAUCAACUAUUCUCAGCAUUCAACAGAAAAUUCAGAUUAUGACCAAGAUGAAGAAGAAGAAUACUUACAGCCAGACAGUGCAGACUGCGAAGAUCAGAGCGUCCUUCCCCCAGCAUACCCCCCUCCGCCAGUCCCACCGGUGGGCAAGGCUUCCUGUUCCGCGGCGCGGGCGCGCUUCCUGCCCGGCAAGAGCAGUGUGGCUGUGCUUCCCCUGCCGCCCCCCAGGAAGAGCUUACCUGAUUUGAAGCCGGAAGCUCUCUUGCGCAUGAGGGGGGGCCUUCCUUUCCAGCACCAAGCGGAAUGUCCCGUGAGACCCCAGCUAAGGCGUCAGCAAACCAGUGGGCCAGGAUCGCCUGUGCCUCCAGUUCCUCUAGCCAGAAAGCCCGCUUGCCUUCUGCAGACUGGCUCUCAACCAGCUGCCCAGCUGCCCGUCGCCCGCAGUUCCGCUACUGCUGAAGACCGUGAAGGACUCAGAGUGUCCACCAGGCUUUCUGCAAAAGGCCCCCCUCCACUGCCAAGCAGCCAGCCCCGACUGACCCACCCUUCUGCGAUGCCUGCAGAUGCCACGCCACUGAGGGGAUGCCGCAAGCCAGCGCUGCCCACGCCCAGAACGCUGCCCAGCUCUCAGGCACCUGUGCCUCUGCCCAAGCUGGAGAAGCCUUCACCUCCCCAUUUAGGUUCUGUUUCUGCUCGGAGAUCCCCCCCGGAUGGGCAGAGCUUCCGAGGUGCCUCAUUUGAGAAACCAGAAGUGUUUUCAAAACCAAGCGUGUCCAGCACAGACUCAGAUGACAACUAUGAAAAAGUUGAGCUGCCUCAUUCAGUAUUUGUCAAUACAUCUGAAUCCCUCGAAGUUGAAAGGAUGUUCAAAUCAGAAAAUUUGACGGGACAUCCCAAAACUGGAUUAUUCUGCAUUAGAAAUUCAUCAACAAAAACUGGAAAGGUAUUAGUUGUGUGGGAUGAAUCCAUUGAGAAAGUGAGAAACUACAGAAUAUUUCAACAGGACUCAAAGUUUUACUUGGAGUCGGAUGCACAAUUCCUAAGUCUUGGAAGUCUGGUUGAACACUACUCCUGCCACGUCUUGCCUGGCCACAACAACCUGACGCUUCAGUUUCCUUACGGCUAUUCUGGACCAAGGUGAUGCACCUUCAUUUGCUGUAUCAAUGUGCAAGGGGAACACGGAAUCAGAAGAGGAGUGUUUUCCUGCCCCAUAAACUGACCAUAGAUUGCAAUAUUGGACUUUAUUUUUCUGUUCUUUCACAUGACGUCUGGGGCAGUUUCUGAUUAUGGUUCUCCUAUAGACUGUGGUUUUAUUGAAGAAAUCGCCUGGUACCCUUUUUCAGACUGGAUUGGUGGAUAUCAUGUCAUUAACAGGUCAGGUCACAUUGCCAAAAGAGACUAAUACAGUUUGGUGCAAUGGAAUCUGCCAACUUGGCUCUUCAGCAGAACUGCUGCUUCCGGGUCUCUAAGCACAUGGUGUGAAGUCGAAUGGCAGAAGAAAAUUUCUGAAAGCGAGGUGCUAGACAUGUUUUCUUGACUUGUUUGACACUGAUGCUUGACAAUGUAUUGAAGCAGUUGAUAAUGCUUUUAUUAUAAAUCUAUUCAAAAUUACAAAAGAAGAAAUGGAUUGGGAAAAGAACCAAAUCUCCUUGUAACGUUUCUCUCAGUUACCCUUCCUGCACAAAUGGAUACUUUUGCUGUAUCCAGUUUUUGUUACCAAAAGGUGUGCUGCAGGCAGUACAUUUCUAACCAGGUUCUGAUGUACCCUUUAAACUGCCUUUCUAAGAUGAGCUAAUAAAAACGUCCUUGAUUGAAAGGGAGGGUUGAAGCCA